AACUUUCCUGAGAUGGCGUCAUUGCUGAAUCCCUCCGCUAACGGUUUUGCCGGGGCCUUGACGAGAACAAACGUACUUAAAAAGAGCUGGGAUGAGUGUGAACGCUGUAUUUCAACGCAUUCUACUCCCAUCCGGCUUGUCACUGUAUCGUACCCUCUGUUAGCUAUGUCUGCCAGCACAAGCAAGCUUUUCGAGCCUAUUCAAGUUGGCGAUCUCAAGCUCAAUCACCGAGUUGUUUUGGCACCCCUUACCCGUCUUCGUGCGAACGACGAACAUGUUAGCAUCAGCGAACUCACAUCGGUAUACUAUAGCCAGCGAGCCAGUGUUCCCGGGUCUCUGUUGAUCUCUGAAGCUACGUUCAUUCAUCGAAGAGCUGGCGGCUUCACGAAUGUUCCAGCAUUGGAGACGGAAGAGCAAUUGGCGGCAUGGAAGAAGGUUACCGAUGCCGUUCAUGAGAAGAAAUCGUACAUUUUCUCGCAGUUGUGGGCACUGGGGCGAGCAGCGGAGCCGGAUGUUCUAGAGAGCGAAGGCUUGCCAUACGUGGCCGCCUCAGACAUUCCAUUCGCUGAUCAGCCCAAACCUCGCCCACUCACUUCCGACGAAAUCAAGGAAUUCGUCCAGUUCUAUGCCACAGCCGCAGCGAAUGCAGUCAACAAGGCUGGCUUCGAUGGUGUUGAAAUCCAUGGCGCGAACGGGUAUCUCAUUGAUCAAUUCCUGCAAGACGUGAGCAACAACCGAACAGACGAGUAUGGUGGUUCUAUAGAGAAUCGAGCACGCUUUGCUCUGGAAGUUGUAGAUGCUGUCGUGAAAGCGGUUGGACAGAAGAAAGUUGGCAUCCGGCUCAGUCCUUGGGGGACAUUCGGAGACAUGAGAAUGAAAGACCCAAUCCCGACAUUCAAAUACCUUGUCAGUCAUAUAAAGGAACUUUAUCCAGACUUUGCCUAUAUUCACGUGGUCGAACCACGAGUGAACGGUAACACUGAUCGCGAACCUGAAAAGGGCGAGUCGAAUGAUUUCUUGAGGGAAGUCUGGAAACCUCGGCCGUUCAUUAGUGCUGGUGGAUACAACCGCGAGAUUGCAUUGGAGGUCGCCGACAUGACCGGCGACCUGAUCGCAUUCGGACGUUACUACAUUUCGAAUCCCGAUCUGCCUCUGCGACUGAAGGCGAACAUACCCCUCACGCCUUACGAUCGAUCUCUGUUUUACAAGAAGAAAAGCCCUAUAGGGUAUAUAGACUACAAGUUCGGCGUUGAUGUUGAUAAGGAAGUAAAGAAGUGGGGACUUUGAUUGCAGGUGUAGUGCAUUAGGAUGAGAAUACUUACUAUAGAUGUCUAUAAACCAAAUGUUUCCAAUGAAUGGCCUGUAUUACACGACAGCAUUUAGGCCGAGUUCCGUAAUGUAAAAUCCUAAAUUGACGACCUUUGACAAAAGGUCUUGAGCCUACGAA